CACCGCCUGUCUCUCCGUCUCUGUCUCUCUUGAUUCACCGCCGCCAUUAACCACUUCCCGGCGGCUCUAAGUACGUGUUCCAAGAUCUGCUUCUUUCCCGCCUUAUUAAUCUACCGCCAUGACACUAGAGAUUUAAAAAAGAAACAAGAAUUUGAGUCGGAGAAAGACGGAGAAUCGAUCGAGGAAAAGUCGGUUAGAUCGUGGAAUUUUCAGUUUCGAACACGAAAACUUCUGAUUUCGCAGUUUGACUAUUUUUCCCGAGCUUUUGAAUCCUUAAUCCUUAUUCUCUGGUAAUAAUACAUAACAGGCUUGGAACUCGUGUCCUCUGUGUUUGGCUGUGAAGUCGGUUUCGAAAUGGAACAGAAAAGCAUAUUGUUGUCGGCGUUGAGUGUAGGGGUGGGAGUGGGAGUGGGGCUUGGGUUUGCUUCGGGACAGGCCGUGAGCAAAUGGAGCAGAGCCGGUUCUGGCUCAAACGCCGUCACUCUGGAGAAAAUGGAGCAGGAGAUGCUCCGGCUUGUAGUUGACGGCAGAGAAAGCAAGGUCACGUUCGACCAAUUCCCCUACUACCUCAGUGAGCAGACACGGGUCUUGCUAACAAGUGCUGCCUAUUUCCAUUUGAAGCAUGCAGAUAUUUCGAAGCACACACGAAAUCUUUCUCCUGCAAGUCGGGCUAUUUUGCUCUCUGGACCUACCGAACUUUACCAACAAAUGCUUGCCAAGGCUUUAGCCCAUUUCUUUGAAGCAAAGUUACUACUGUUAGAUGUAACCGACUUUUCACUGAAGAUUCAGAGCAAAUAUGGUAGUGCCAACAAAGAAUACUCCUUUAAAAGGUCCACUUCAGAGUCAACCUUGGAGCGAUUGUCUGACUUAUUUGGAUCAUUUUCAAUCCUUCCACAGAGGGAGGAUGCUAAAGUUUCAGGUACACUAUGGAGGCAAAGCAGUGGGGCAGAUAUUGGAUCAAGGCCAUCAGAAGCUUCUUCUCAUCCUUCUAAGCUUCGUAGGAAUGCCUCUGCUUCAGCUAACAUCAGCAACCUUGCUUCACAAAGCACUCCUGCAAAUCCAGCUCCUCUCAAACGCACAAGCAGCUGGUCCUUUGACGAGAAGCUUCUUAUACAGUCUCUCUACAGCGUUUUGGUUUUUGUGUCAAAAACCAUGCCCAUUGUGCUGUAUCUUAGGGAUGCUGAUAAAUUCUUGCUUAGAUCACAAAAGAUAUAUAACUUUUUCCAGAAAAUGUUGAAGAAACUGUCUGGAUCAGUGCUGAUCCUUGGUUCACGAGUUAUGGAUCCUGAUAAUGACUAUGGAGAUGUGGACGAGAGGCUUACUGCUCUCUUCCCUUACAAUAUUGAGAUCCGGCCUCCAGAGGAUGAGUCCCAUCUUGUCAGCUGGAAGUCUCAACUGGAGGAAGAUAUGAAGAUGAUCCAAGUUCAAGAUAACAGAAACCACAUCGUGGAAGUACUUUCAUCAAAUGACCUUGAUUGUGAUGAUCUGGAUACAAUCUGUGUGGAAGACACAAUGGUUCUCGGUAACUACAUUGAAGAGAUAGUGGUAUCAGCAAUUUCUUAUCAUUUAAUGAACAAGGAUCCUGAAUACAGAAAUGGAAAACUUGUCAUAUCAUCUAAUAGCUUGUCCCGUGGAUUGAGUAUAUUCCAGGAAGGAAAAUCUGGUGACAAAGAUUCUUUGAAGUUGGAAGCCCAUGCUGAAACAUCUAAGAGUAUUGUUGGGGAAGAGGCUGUUGGCGUGAAGCCAGAAACAAAGGCUGAAAGCACUACCCUUGAACACAAAAGUGAAGCAGAAACAUCCGCUUCAGUGCCAAAGGCAGAUGGGGAUAAUUCAGUUUCAUCUUCCAAAGCUCCAGAACCCGACAAUGAAUUUGAGAAGCGCAUUAGGCCAGAGGUUAUACUGGCAAAUGAGAUUGAUAUAACCUUUGCCGAUAUUGGUGCAUUAGACGAUAUCAAAGAGUCCCUUCAGGAACUAGUGAUGCUCCCUCUCCGAAGACCAGACCUCUUCAAGGGAGGCCUUCUAAAACCUUGCAAGGGAAUAUUGCUAUUUGGUCCACCUGGCACUGGGAAGACAAUGCUGGCCAAGGCCAUUGCCAAGGAGGCUGGAGCAAGCUUCAUAAAUGUAUCCAUGUCUACCAUCACUUCUAAAUGGUUUGGUGAAGAUGAGAAGAAUGUCCGAGCAUUAUUCACUCUGGCAGCCAAGGUCUCUCCGACCAUUAUAUUUGUAGAUGAGGUUGAUAGCAUGCUUGGGCAGCGGACUAGAGUUGGGGAGCAUGAAGCCAUGCGGAAGAUAAAGAACGAGUUCAUGACUCACUGGGAUGGGCUCUUGACAAAACAGGGUGAACACAUCCUUGUUCUCGGUGCAACCAAUAGGCCAUUUGACCUUGAUGAAGCAAUUAUUAGGCGCUUUGAAAGGAGAAUUAUGGUGGGAUUGCCAUCCGUGGAGAACAGGGAAAUGAUCUUCAAAACUCUUUUGGCAAAAGAAAAGGUAGAAGAAGGACUAGACUUUAAGGAGCUAGCAACAAUGACAGAAGGAUAUACUGGAAGUGAUCUGAAGAUUUUGUGCACAACUGCUGCUUAUCGGCCAGUCAGAGAGCUAAUACAGCAAGAAAGUCUAAAGGUUUUGGAGAAAAAGCAGAGUGCUGCAGAAGGGAAAGAAGUUCAUUCUGCAGAAGGGCAGAUUCCUGGAAGUACUUCAGAGACGAAGGAAAGUCAGGAGGGAGUAAUUACCCUGAGGCCAUUGAACAUGGAAGACUUGAGACAAGCAAAGAGUCAGGCUGCUGCAAGCUUUGCAGCUGAAGGAUCUGUAAUGAGUGAGCUGAAGCAGUGGAACGAUUUGUAUGGAGAGGGAGGCUCAAGGAAGAAGCAGCAGUUGACAUACUUCUUAUAAUGAGUGUAACAUGGAGUUGAAGCAGUCAACAAGAAGAUGGUGUCGAAAACAAAGCGCUGAGAAGAGCUUGUCCACUGAAUAUGCCCUAAUAACUGGUAAUUGAAAAUCUGGAACCAUCAUGUAGUACGGUUACCAUAGUUUUUCUAGGGAUAAUGUGUGUAAUAAUGCUUCAGACGGAGCUUGUUACAAGUUUUCCUGCUUGAUCCAGAGAAUAAGAACUUGAGCCACC